AUGGGCAAGGUUAAGCAAGCAAACGGCAAGGCCAGCAAGUCGGCCGACCCUCUCAGCGCGGUCAAGAGCGCCGGUGUCUCCAAGGCAUCUGCCUCGCCUGUCGCCAAGUCCAAGAAGCUUGCCAAGGAUGUCGCCACCAAGGCCGUGACCAAGUCCUCCAAGAAGGACAGCAAGAAGAGCAAGAAGGUCGAGUCCGACUCCGAGUCGUCUGACAGCUCCGACAGCGAGAGCGCCAGCGACGAGGAGAUGGGCUCCGACAACGACUCUGACGACUCCGACUCUGACUCCGACUCGUCCGAGUCUGAGGAGGAGAAGAAGCCCGCCGCAAAGAAGGCCAAGGCUGCCCCCGCCACCAAUGGCAAGGCCAAGAAGGCCGCCGAGUCUUCUGAUGACUCCGACUCUUCCGAGUCUGAGGACGACAAGGAGGACAGCGACGACAGCAGUGACGACGAUGAGGAGGAGGAUGCCGUCAAGAAGGCCGAGCCCGCCGUCGCCAAGGGCAAGAAGGUCAAGGCUGACUCUGACGACUCUGAUGAUGACUCCGAGGCCGAUUCCGACGACUCGGACUCUUCUGACUCUGAUGAGGAGGAAGAGGAAGAGAAGGCCGAGCCCUCCAAGAAGCGCAAGGCUGAGGAUGAGGUCGCCACCCCUGCCAAGAAGACCAAGAGCGAGAACACCCAGGAGGACGGCGCCGUUACCCUGUUCGUCGGCAACCUCGGCUGGGGCAUUGAUGACGAUGCUCUGUACAACGCCUUCAAGGACUGCGCCGGCCUCAACAGCGCCCGUGUCGUCACCGACAAGGACAUGCAGCGAUCCCGUGGCUUCGGCUACGUUGACUUUGACAGCCCCGAGAACUGCCAGGCUGCCUUCGAGGCCAUGCAGGGCUUUGAGCUUGAGGGUCGUGGCAUGAGACUGGACCCUUCCAAGCCCAAGCCUGCUGAUGAUGGCACCCCUCGCGACCGCGCUGCCAACCGCGCCCAGCAGCACGGUGACACUGUCAGCCCCGAGAGUGAUACCCUUUUCGUCGGCAACCUGCCCUUCGAGGCUGAUGAGGACGUCAUCUCCGAGUUCUUCAGCGAUGUCGCCGAGGUCAAGAGCUUGCGUCUUCCCACUGACCAGGAAUCUGGCAACCGCAAGGGCUUCGGUUACGUGACCUUCAACAGCGUUGAGGAUGCCAAGACUGCCUUCGAGGCCAAGAACGGUGGUUACAUUGGCGAGGGCCGUGGUGCUCGUGCCAUCCGCCUGGACUUUGCUGCUCAGCGCCAACCUCGUGAGGGAGGCUUCGGUGGCGGUUUCGGCGGCGGCCGUGGAGGUGGCGGUCGCGGUGGUGGCCGUGGCGGCCGCGGAGGCUUUGGCGAUCGCGGUGGCCGUGGAGGCUUCGGCCGUGGCGGUGGUGGUUUCGGCGGUCGCGGCGGUGGCCGUGGCGGCCCCCGUGGCGGAGGUGGUUUCGGUGGACGUGGUGGAGGAGGCUUCCAGGGGAAGAAGAUCUCCUUUGACUGA